CAGUCUGUCUGCUUUUGUCUUUUCGUUUCUUUCGGAAAACUGGUAUUCUGACUAGUUUCUUUAAAACUUAGGACGGUUGAAUAUUUCAUUGGCGAAUUCGUUGUUACAUAUGUAUCAUUAGUACAAUAUUGUUUUAGUUAGCUGAAAACGCUAAGACUGCGACCUACACAUACCUUUGUACAUAUAUACGUGUACCAAAUGCUACAAUAAUUGUUUUUUUUCCUUUAUAUAUACGGACCGAGUUAGUUCAAAGCAAACAUUUAUGUCCAUAUAAAACUGUAGAUUGCGCUUCAUACACAGAUUUGAUAUAAAUACUUGGAUUUGUUGUAAAUAAGUUCAUGAUAUAAAUAUAUCAAAAACAAGGCUUAUAAGCAGGAAUAAAACAUCAUUGAUUUUGUUAUAAAGGACAACAGUAAAACGUACAGUACUAUUUUAAUCAAAAUAAUGAACGGUUUAGCCAACAGUAAUGACGACACUAUUGAGUGUCCACUGUGUAUGGAACCACUAGAGGUGGAUGAUUUGACUUUUUUCCCAUGCACUUGUGGAUACCAAAUUUGUAGAUUCUGUUGGCACAGAAUUCGUACAGACGAGAACAAAUUAUGCCCAGCAUGUCGAAAAGAAUAUCCGGAAAAUCCUGCUGAUUUUAAGCCACUAACUCAAGAGGAAAUGAUUGCUUUUAAGUCGCAAAAACGUCAGAGAGAUCAACAACGAAAACAAAAAAUAACUGAAAACCGAAAACACCUUGCAAAUGUACGUGUAGUUCAAAAAAAUUUGGUAUUUGUUGUUGGCUUACCCCCCCGACUUGCUGACGCAGACAUAUUGAAAAAACAUGAAUAUUUUGGAAAGUAUGGAAAAAUUCAUAAAGUUGUUAUAAACCCAAGUACAACCUACGCUGGAGUACAGGGUCCCUCAGCGUCGGCUUAUGUCACAUAUGUACACAAUACAGAUGCAUUGAGAGCUAUACAAAGUGUAAACAAUAUAAUGAUAGAUGGGCGUCUAAUAAAAACCAGUCUCGGAACGACAAAAUAUUGCAGCCAUUUUAUGAAAAACCAACAAUGUCCCAAAGGUGAUUGUAUGUACUUACAUGAGUUGGGUGAUUCUGAAGCUAGUUUUACAAAGGAGGAAAUGCAUCAAGGAAAACAUCAAGAGUAUGAAAAACGACUACAUGAUGUUUUAAUUGCCACAUCUGGGGUAAAUACUGUAUCUGGAAUCGGAGGGUCUACGAAUGGUGCAAAUGUAGCUGGUAGCGGUACCUCUAAAGCAAACGCUUCGGUUACAAUAUCAUCAUCAUCAUCUUCUUCGACAUCAUCGGUAUCAAUUGUAAAUAGUUCUACAUCAGCAAAUGCACAGCUAAAAGAGGCUUGGCCCAGCUUAUCAGUUUCUCCUAUUAAUAGCAAAGAAACAUUAGGCAUUGCCUCCAAUGGAAACGGAAAAAAUAGAAAAGAAAAGUCCCGAAAUGAGAAAGGUCGACAUGAUAAAAAUAAAUCCAAAAACAAAAAUCAUGUUUUCCCUAAUGCCAAUACAUCCAACAAAGAGAACUUUAUUCCUGAUACUAGGGGCGAACCAAGCACCGUAACAGCAAUUCCAGCAGAAGACACAGUCACUGCUUCAACAAAAAUAGAAUUAGAUUCUGUUAACAAUCGACCAAAAUCGGAACGGAACAAGGAAAAAGGACUGUUAAACCGUGCCUCACUUUCAAAAGACCAAAAAGAAAAUAAAGAAGAAAUCCAAAAGAGUUCGACUGAAGUCAAUAGGCAGUUGGAACAUUCUGAUAAUGAGGCAAAUACAAGCAAAGAAAUAAGCACGACAAAGCGCAAUGAAAGUAAUAAAAUAUUUUCAUUGAUAAACCGGCCAACAUCUAAUGUACAUCGGUCGCUCAGUUCUAGUAGUGAAAAUAGUGAAGAUCACUUAUCUGAAAGCAGUACAAGUGAACAAAGUUCGCCUGGAAAUUUAAAGAAUAUGCGAUGUAAUAGUUCAAGUAAUGAAAUCCAAAAAGAAAUGAUUAAUAGUAAUAUUGAAUCGGAAAAUGCGGAUGACAUUUUGUCAACAACAAAAGUAGUUGUGGAAAAGGGAGAUGAGAUAACUCAAUCAAUUCAAGAUGAUAAUGAAAUAUUAAAUAUCGGCGGAAAUGACUCCACAAAGGAAGUAUCGGAUGCCAUGUUUAAGCUAAACAUGUUUGACGAUAGCAACAGCUUCUUCUCGUCGUCCCCUACAUUGCAGCAGUCGGUACUUUUUAGGAACAAAGUGGAUGAGGAUGUAAGGCAGCCGCAAAUAAACAGCGUAACGAAUUCACAUUUGCCAGACUUGCUUAAUGGCAUUGAUGGAUACCAAAAUGCUGCCAGCACAAAUGAAUGGGAAGAAGCCCUUAAAAACUUAAUGCUACGCAACAACCGACAAGUAGACGAGCAAGUUCUACAGCAACAACAAUUGCAAAUGCAACAACAACAUCAUCACCAACAAGUACUCAAACAACAAGAAGAUUUUCUACGAAUUCACGAGCUACAAAAACGGAGCAAUUUAGUAAAUAAUGGAAUUUCCCAUAAUACACAUACUGAUUUUCCAAGACAUUAUUAUGGUAACGAUGUUGAAGCAAAUAGGACACAACCACAUGCCCCCGUGCAUCCGCAGCACAACCCACAGCAGCCCGAUGAAAACUCCGUAAAUACAAAUAAUAUAUUUGGUGGAAAUAUGUCAAAGUUUUUCGACUUUCAUAAAAGUCAACAACAAAUCCAUCAACAGUACAUUAAUGGACAAUCUCAGUUAAGUAAUGUCGAUUCUCAUCGAUUAGCUAUAUUUCUGGAAAACAACCGCACCAACCCAUCAGUUUUUGACAAUGGUAUUUUAACACAACAAGCGCUAUUGCAGAAACAAAGGUUCAUGGGAAAUUUUGAAAAAACAUCUUCAACAAACCAACCACAUAACGUGCAUUCGCCCCAAAAUAGGUUUUCGCAGAACUCAUUAGCGGAUGAUGACCUAGGAUUUGACCCGUUUAUUGAAACACAAAAGGGACUUGCUGAACUUAUGGAAAAUGAAGUGGUACAACAGAGUGUUAAUGGACCAAAAUUACAGCAGCAAACACAACAUCCGCAUCACCAAAUUCUGGAUAACAUGCAACGCGCCCGAAUGCCUCCACCUGGCUUUAAUCAUAUGAAUACCUUAGGAUUUGACAAUGCAAGCAGGGUACACUCUAGCAAAAUUCUUCCCUUUAUUAAUAUGCCAGGAUGCUCGGUUGGAAACAACACAGGGCAAGUCGAACCACACCACCUCCACUUGGCUACUAACUGGAACUCCCAUUUGGCAACAUUACACCAACACCAAGGACAACCAAUAAAUGACUCCCAUUUACAACAUCAAAUUGCCCAUGUUAGCAUCCAAAAUAAAGGAUAUAGUAACAGUGAUUGGACUGCAAUGGACCCUGCUAUUUUGUCUUUUAGACAGUAUUCAUCUUUUCCACAGCAAGCUCAAAUGCCUCACCAUUCACAAGAUCUAUUUCUGCAACAUUUGGCUCAAAGUCAACAGCAAAACGGACAAGGAGGGUUCUGUAAUCAAUCCCAACAAGUGCUUCCUGGUAUUAACAUGCCUAAUAAUAUGAUGAAUGGGCAAUCUUCAUCUCAAUCACAGGUGAACGCUAAUGUUCAGGGUAUGCUGGAGUUCUUAAAAAAUCGUCAAUUUGUUUAAAAUUUAAUUCUGAAUAUUAUAUAUUGGUUUACCUGUACUACUUAUAAUAUACUUAUUGUAAUACAUACAUAGUGAAAAAAAUCGAAUAUAAAAAAUCGAA